AUGGAGACGAGAAACACAACCUCAGACUUCAUUCUUCUAGGACUCUUUAAACACACAGGACCCCACCUCUUUCUCUUCAUGGUGGUGCUGACAAUGGCCAUUGCUUCUUUUAUGGGCAAUGCCCUCAUGCUUCUCCUGAUUUACUGGGACCCCCGGCUCCACAUACCCAUGUACUUCCUACUGAGCCAACUCUCCCUCAUGGAUGUGAUGCUGGUUGCUACCAUUCUGCCCAAAAUGGCUGCUGACUACUUGACUGGCAAAAAGUCCAUCUCCCUUGCUGGCUGUGGGUUGCAGAUCUUUGUUUCAAUCACACUGGAUGGUGGAGAGAGUUUCCUUUUAGCAGCAAUGUCUUAUGACCGCUAUGUGGCUGUUUGCCACCCACUGCAAUACCCUGUCCUCAUGAGCCAGGAAUUAUGCCUGAGAAUGAUUUUGGGGUCUUGGUUCCUGGGGGCAGCUGAUGGGCUCAUGCAGGCUGCUGCUACCCUGAGUUUCCCAUUUUGCAGCACACGUGAGAUGGAUCAUUUCUUCUGUGAGGCCCCCAUGCUGGUGCGUUUGGCUUGUGCUGACACAUCUGUCUUUGAGUAUGUCAUGUACAUCUGUUGUGUGUUAAUGCUCCUGGCCCCGUUAUCUCUCAUCCUGACCACCUAUAGUCUUAUCCUCAUAGCUGUUCUCCAGAUGCGUUCUAGAGAAGCCCGCCAGAAGGCAUCUGCCACCUGCUCCUCACAUUUGGCUGUGGUGGGACUCUUUUAUGGAGCUGCUAUUUUUAUUUACAUGAGACCCAAAUCCUACAGGUCAGCUAACCACGAUAAGCUUGUGUCAGCAUUCUACACUAUCUUCACCCCUGUGCUGAACCCCCUCAUCUACAGUCUGAGGAACAGUGAGGUCAAGGGAGCCUUGAAAAUGAUGAAAAAAAGGAACAUAAUUGCUAAUAUUCUGUCAAUUAUGCAUCAAUAUUUUUUGUUCUCUUGA